AUGAGCGAGUCCCAUCGCAACAAGCCCGACCUGGGCAUCAGCGAGCUUUGCUUUAUCCCAACUUCGCAAGAUGAAAGCCCCUCCGUGACAUCGCUCAUCGAGACCCUCGGCUUGGAACCACACAUUGAAGGUGGCUACUUUAAAGAAACCGACGUUUCUGUCGCUUCCGUUUCCUCGCCCUAUCCUCCUGAACCCCUGUCCGAGGAGACUCUCUGUCUGACGGGUGGUCUCCGUUCCGACUUCGGACCGCUGAUCCGCAGGCUUUCGACCACCAUUUACUACUAUCUCACACCCAACCGCCCACAGUGUCGCUUCCACCGUAACCGCAGCCGGAUUAUCCAUUCGCUUCAUCUGGGCCGCGGCCGGUACGUGCUCAUCAGCCCCGAUGGACAUGUUGAGACAUAUAUCGUUGGACACAACAUUGAGAAGGGCGAACGGCUCCAAUGGGUUAUUGAAGGAGGUGUCUGGCAGGCCAGUUACCUGCUUGAUGCCGAGGAUGGCGAGAGCGAGGGACUGCUGAUCUCCGAAACUGUCGUGCCAGGGUUCGAAUACGCUGACCAGGAGUUUCUGUCUGAGGCGGGUUUGAGAAGCUUGUUGCCGGCAGACCAAGCAAGAGAGCUGGAGUGGUUAGUCCGAAAGUGCGACAAGGCGCAUAUGACGAACCAGGUAGCAAACCGGGAGUGA